GAGCCAGACAAAUUAAAAACAAGAAUACAAAAACAGACAAAUUAAAAAACAAGAAUACACUCAAAAACCAAACACGGUUGAGAACUUCAGAUACAUCCAUCUAGGUAAGCGACGGAGAAGCCGAAGCCGAUGCGUUCGCUUCACCUGCCUCGUCUUCUUCUCCUCCUCCUCCGAAGAUCUUGACGGUCGGCCAGUUAUUAUCACUGCCCGCUUCUUGCUUCUUGCAGACUUGCAGUUGAGUUAAUUACUGCGGCUGUGCAGGAGAAAUGGCGUGUUUUGGUGGGAGGAGUAUAUCCAAAGUUUGGAUCUAAAACUUCAGUCCUUCUCCAUCAUAUUAAUCUAUCAUAGUAUACUAGUUGCUGCUCCUCGCUGCUUCUGCGUCUCCUCCACGAGACCACGACCGACGCCCCCACAUGGGUCUCAUGGUGGUGUGAGCUGAGCUGCUUGCUGCUCAAGUGGUGAGAAGGUAGAGAGAGAGAGAGAGAGAGAGAGCUGAGCUGCAAGAAAGGCUCACCCAUCGAGGACACCAAAACAAGUCAAGAACGAACGACUCGUGAUCCGUCCAUGGGUUGCUCUCCUGUCAGGCGCAUGAGAUUCUGAGGCGGAGGAAGAGGAGAGAAAGGAGGAAGAAGAGCAAGAUAGCGGCGGCGGCGAUGAGCUGGAGGAAAGGAGGAGGAGGGGAUGGAGGGGUGUCGAGGAGAUGGGCCGUGCUGCUCUGCCUCGGGAGCUUCUGCCUCGGCCUGCUCUUCACCAACAGAAUGUGGACACUGCCUGAGGCAAACGAGAUUGCUCGACCAAACGGAAAUGGAGACGAAGGCAACACGCUAGUUGCCGCGGAGUGUGGUCCUAAAAAGCAGGUCCAACAUCCCGAUUACAAAGAUAUAUUGCGGGUUCAAGAUACUCAUCAUGGUGUACAAACACUAGAUAAGACAAUAGCAAGCUUAGAGACAGAACUCUCAGCUGCAAGAUCUCUACAAGAGUCCUUGCUCAAUGGUUCCCCAGUUGCAGAAGAGUUCAAACUUUCCGAGUCAAUCGGGAGGCGGAAGUACCUUAUGGUGAUCGGCAUCAAUACUGCAUUUAGCAGUCGGAAGAGAAGAGAUUCCAUACGUUACACCUGGAUGCCUCAAGGUGAAAAAAGGAAGAAGCUUGAAGAAGAGAAGGGGAUCAUCAUUCGUUUCGUCAUUGGCCACAGUGCUAUAUCAGGUGGAAUUGUUGAUAGAGCAAUUGAAGCAGAGGACAGAAAACAUGGUGACUUCAUGAGAAUUGAUCAUGUUGAAGGAUACCUUGCACUAUCUGGCAAAACCAAGACAUACUUUGCUACGGCUGUUUCAUUGUGGGAUGCAGACUUUUAUGUGAAGGUUGAUGAUGACGUGCAUGUAAACAUAGCAACACUUGGACAGAUUUUAUCUAAUCAUGCAUUGAAGCCCAGAGUAUAUAUUGGAUGCAUGAAAUCUGGACCUGUCCUAACUGAGAAGGGUGUGAGAUACUAUGAACCUGAGCAUUGGAAAUUUGGCGAACCAGGAAACAAAUAUUUUCGGCAUGCUACUGGUCAAUUGUAUGCUAUUUCAAAAGAUCUAGCAACCUACAUAUCUAUAAACAGACAUGUCCUCCACAAGUAUAUAAAUGAGGAUGUUUCAUUAGGAAGUUGGUUUAUUGGAUUAGAUGUCGAGCAUAUCGACGACCGGAGACUUUGUUGUGGUACUCCGCCUGAUUGCGAGUGGAAAGCUCAGGCGGGGAACACCUGCGCCGCGUCAUUCGACUGGAGAUGCAGCGGCAUAUGCAACUCGGAGGGGAGGAUCUGGGAGGUGCACAAUAAGUGCGCCGAAGGGGAGAAGGCGCUUUGGAACGCAACCUUCUAGCGUGACCGAAACAACCGGUCAAACAAAAAAAAGGAAAAAACCGGAAGCACAAGCAGGAACUUCCUCCUGCUUAUAGUAGGUGUGCUGUACAUUGGCCACGGUCUGUUUGUAUGUAAUUCUUGUGUAGUUUUUAGCUGUGAUGAUUCGUUUCUGUAACUGGGUCUGGAUGAACACCGACGAAGCGGACCACAAUUUUACGUAGCGUCUGUCUGCCGGUGGCGGUGAAGGAGGUGGGUAUACCAGCUGAUAUUGCAUUCUUUGGAGAAGAGGUAAAAUGUUUUUGAGUUUUUUGAGGUGGUCAUUUUGUAUCGAUCUCCUGUACUGUAUACUGUAUAUGGCUGCCAUGAUGUAUGACCAAAAUAAAACUUACCUGAUGAUGCUUCAUUUCGAUGACUA